AUGGUCGCCACCAAACUCGAUGGCAACGCCAUCGCCAAGAGUAUCCGUGAGCGCAUCGGCCGCGAGAUUGCUGAGCGUCAAAAAUUGAACCCCCGAUACCGCCCCUCGCUCAAGAUUGUUCAAGUCGGCGACCGUCCCGAUUCCAGCACCUAUGUUCGCAUGAAGCUCAAGGCUGCUCAAGAGGCCAACAUCGACUGCGAGCUCAUCUCUCUCCCCGAGUCCAUUUCCGAGCCCGAGAUUCUUGACCUUAUUCGUCGACUCAACCACAAUUCCUCCGUCAAUGGCAUUCUCGUCCAAUUGCCUUUACCCUCACACCUUUCCGAGUACGCCGUUACCUCUGCUGUUGCCGACGAAAAGGACGUCGACGGCUUCGGCACCAACAAUAUCGGUGAGCUCGCCAAGCGCGGUGGCACCCCCAUCUUUACACCAUGUACCCCUAAGGGUGUCAUGCACCUCCUGAAGGAGGCUGGCAUCAGUCUGGCCGGCAAGUACGCCGUUGUAAUCGGCCGCAGCAACAUUGUUGGCAGCCCCGUGAGCUACCUGCUGCGCAACGCAGAUGCCACCGUCACCGUCUGCCACUCCAAAACCGCUGGUCUCGAGAAUCACAUCAAGGCCGCCGACAUUGUCAUUGCUGCCAUUGGCUCUCCUCACUUUGUCAAGGGCGAGUGGCUCAAAGAAGGCGCCGUCGUUAUCGAUGUUGGCACCAACUUCGUACCUGACGCUAGCAAGAAGUCUGGUCAACGUCUCGUCGGCGACGUCGACUUUGAGCCUGCUUCCCAGGUCGCCUCGGUCAUCACCCCCGUUCCUGGCGGUGUCGGGCCCAUGACUGUCGCUAUGCUCCUCGAAAAUGUUGUCGAGGCCACCAAUGUCUUCUUCGAGAACGAGAAGCUCCGCAAGACUGUUCCGCUACCCCUCCAGCUCCUCGAUCCUGUACCCUCAGACAUUGCCAUUUCUCGCGCCCAGACUCCCAAGCAGAUCACUCGCAUCGCCGCCGAGGUCGGCAUCGCUCCCCACGAGCUUGAGCCCUACGGCGCUUACAAGGCCAAGGUUGAUCUUGGCCUACUCCAGCGUCUUGAGCACCGCGAGAACGGUCGCUAUGUUGUCGUCACCGGCAUCACCCCCACUCCUCUUGGCGAGGGCAAGUCCACUACCACUAUGGGUAUUGCGCAGGCACUGGGUGCUCACCUCGACCGCGUCACUUUCGCCAACGUUCGGCAGCCUAGCCAGGGCCCGACCUUCGGCAUCAAGGGCGGUGCUGCCGGUGGUGGCUACAGCCAGGUCAUUCCCAUGGAUGAGUUCAACAUGCACUUGACUGGCGACAUUCACGCCAUCACCGCUGCCAACAACCUGCUGGCUGCUGCCAUUGAGACUCGCAUUUUCCACGAAAACACCCAGAAGGAUGCUGCUCUCUACCGUCGCCUUGUCCCCGCCAAGAACGGUACACGCAAGUUUGCUCCCAUCAUGUUUCGCCGCCUUAAGAAGCUCGGCAUUGACAAGACAAACCCCGAUGAAUUGACCGAGGAGGAAAUCAGCCGCUUUGCCCGUCUUGACAUUGACCCCGAGACGAUUACCUGGAGACGCGUUCUCGAUGUCAACGAUCGCCACCUCCGUGGCGUCACUGUUGGUACAGCUCCCACCGAGAAGGGCCAAACCCGCGAGACUGGCUUCGACAUCUCCGUUGCCAGUGAAUGCAUGGCAAUUCUGGCCCUUAGCACCAGUCUUCCUGAUAUGCGCGAGCGUCUUGGCCGUAUGGUUGUUGCCACUUCUCGCAAGGGCGACCCGGUCACUUGCGACGACAUUGGCGCUGGCGGUGCUCUUACCGCUCUCAUGAAGGACGCCAUCAAGCCCAACCUGAUGCAGACUCUCGAGGGUACUCCUGUCUUUGUUCACGCCGGUCCCUUUGCCAACAUUUCCAUUGGCCAGAGCUCCAUCAUUGCUGACCGACUUGCUCUCAAGCUUGCCGGUACUGAACCCGGUGAGGAUGUCAAGGAGAAGGCUGGUUUCGUCGUUACCGAAGCUGGCUUUGACUUUACCAUGGGCGGUGAGCGAUUCUUCAACAUCAAGUGUCGCGCUUCCGGCCUUGUUCCCGACGUGGUUGUCGUCGUCGCCACUGUCCGUGCUCUCAAGGUCCACGGCGGCGGCCCUCCCAUCGCCCCUGGUGCUCCUCUGAAUGCCGUCUACAGGGAGGAGAAUAUCGACAUUCUCCGUGCUGGCUGCGUCAAUCUCAAGAAGCAUAUUGCUAAUGCCAGGUCGUUUGGCGUUCCUGUUGUUGUCGCCAUCAACAAGUUUGCCACUGACACCGAUGCCGAAAUCCAAGUCGUUCGCGAGGAAGCAAUCGCUGCUGGCGCCGAGGACGCUAUUCUGUCCAACCACUGGGCCAAGGGCGGCGCCGGGGCCGUUGACCUAGCCAAAGGUGUCAUUGCUGCUAGCGAGAAGCCCAAGGAGCUGACCCUUACCUACGGUCUCGACGGCACCGUGCAGGAGCGCAUCGAGGCCAUUGGAAAGAAGAUGUAUGGUGCUGCCGCCGUCGAGUUCAGCGAGCUGGCACAGAAAAAGGUCGAUACCUAUACCAAGCAAGGCUAUGGCAAGCUGCCCAUCUGCAUCGCCAAGACGCAAUACUCGCUGUCCCAUGAUCCUGACCUGAAGGGCGCCCCUACUGGCUUCACCAUUCCCAUCCGCGAUGUCCGCAUGGCUGCUGGCGCUGGGUAUCUGUAUGCCCUGGCUGCUGAUAUCCAGACUAUCCCUGGCCUGCCCACUGCUCCUGGCUACCUCAACGUCGAUGUUGACCUGGAGACUGGUGAGAUUGACGGUCUCUUUUAA